AUGGCAGGAUUAUCUGUUCAAGAUAUGGGGUCGAACAUGAUUCCGGAGACUGAUGGUGGCAGUAAUGGUGGAUCGAUGAGCAACAGUAGUUUUGGGAGUGGUUUCAACGGUGAUGGGAAAGUAAAAAGAAAGAGAAAUAGAAUUCCGCUGAGCUGUACCAUUUGCAGGAAGAGGAAAGUUAAAUGUGACAAGACGCGUCCACACUGUAACCAGUGUACAAAGACCGGUGUGGCCCACUUGUGCCACUAUAUGGAGCAGUCGUGGGCGGAAGAAGCCGAGAAGGAACUGUCCAAGGACAUGGAAUUGAAAAACUUGAAGGAACGGGUCAGGUAUUUGGAACGAAGUCUGUCCAAAGUACACGCAUCCACGUCGAACUCAACAAGUAACACACCGGAUAACGCCGGAAUCGGCUCUGUUGGUGCACCAAGCCCGGCGACUAAUACCACUUUGCAUACUCCGAUAGACGAUAAACGUAGUAGCAAUAUGAUGAGCACGAGUAGUCUUGUCAACGAUGACACGGGGGCAGAUGAGAACACGGGUGUCGUUCUAUUAUCUGGGGAGGACAAAUAUGAGGAGGACGAACUGGAUUUGACUAAACAGUUCGAUAUGUUACACAUUAAAAAUAACGGUACCAUCCACUUGGGUGCGACGCAUUGGCUGGCUAUUAUGAAGGGUGACCCUUACUUGAAGCUUCUUUGGGGCCACAUCUUCCAAAUUAGAGAAAAGGUAAAUGAAUGGUACUCCCAGAGGUUGCUACUACAAAAAUACAAUAGGAAAAAGAGACACCACCAUACGGCCAACGGCCCAAGUAGAUGCCCUGUUGUACACGUACCUAUCGAAGGUGCUGAAAGUAAGCCAACACUCAAGGAACCGGUCCCUUACGCACGUCGUGCCGCUAUCAACCAAUAUCUUCCACCACUUCCAGCUGGCGACAUAAACAAAUGUCCCGUUGUCGGUCACAUGGUUUUGCCAGCAAAUAAAGAACCUGGAUCUCCUUUAUACAAAGUGGAACCAGAGAAUAUACCAGCGCCGGCACCUCAUCCACUACCACCAUCCUCUGGAGAUGCGGUUAGAAGAUGUCCAGUGACAGGUCAAGUGGCAGACGAUUCGAUAAAAAGUAGUCCCGCGCCUCCCGCUGCACUCAACUCAGAUGAAACUAAUUCGAAAACGUCCAUAAAGAUAUCACCUCAGGCGGCAAAUGCAAAGGUGAGAAAUGUGGAAAAGUUGCCCUCAUUUAAGAAACUGACCAAUGCGAAGUUUGGGACGGGGGCGGACCAAAAGAAUCUCAUCUCUGAGUACAACAGGAAGUUGGAGUUGGAUGCACUUUCAAACGAGGAAAUUAUAGAGAAAGUCACAAAACUUCUGCCUCCAAGACCCAUCAUUUUCCAAUUCAUCAACAAAUUUUUCAAACACAUAUACCCAAUCAUACCAGUCAUUGACGAACAAAACUUCAAGAACCAUGUCGAGGAGAUUCUGUCCUGCAAGAUGGAAAACGCAGAGAACACGAGCACGGCGCCACUGAGCCUGAAAGUUAGCAAGGGGUCCGACUAUUGCUACUUGGGUAUCAUGGCGAUUAUACUGAGAUUGACUUGGUUGUCGUUGCCGGGAAACAGAUGUGAGAUGGACCUCGGCGCCUUUGAUGGGAACUCAGGCAGCGCAUUCAAUGCGAAUAGUCCAGCCUCCCCUGCAUCUGUAUCUUCGAUCACGUCUACGAGCUCUUCUGCAAACAUUAAAGAAGAUACACUACUACUCAACUAUGAGACACCAGCAGAAGCUCUGGAACUAAUUAAGGACUACUUGAUUAAGUUCGACAAGAUCUCUUCGAUAUCAAACAACAAUAUCAAUCUGACUACCAUUCAGUUCGCCGUGUUUUACAAGAUAUACAUGAGUAAUUCACCAACUGAAGGGUUUGUCAACCCAAAGGUUACUAUUCACAGUAUCUCAGACUCAAAUGCACACGAUAACGAAUCGAACCAAAUUCUUCUAUCGUCGAUUAUACAAAUGGCAUUCAGUUGUGGUCUGCACAGAGAUCCAGAUAAUUUCCCACAACUGAACGUCGUCUCGACAUAUCAUAACAAUUCCGCUAAUGGAACUGCCUUGGACGGCAACAACUCUGCUCAAAAUGCAGAGAUGAAGAAUACAUCAGAGUCUAAAAUGAAGGAGAAUCAAGUUACAACAGAGAGAUUCAAGCACACGUGGCGUAAAAUAUGGUACUACAUCGUGCAUCUCGAUGUACAACAGUCACUAGCGCUGGGGUCGCCGAGAUUACUAAGGAAUCUGAAAGACUUCAGUGACACAAAAUUGCCCUCAUCCUCGAAGAUCGAUUAUGUGCGCGAUAUCAAAGAACUGAUCAUCAUCAAAAACUAUACGCUAUUCUGGCAAAUUGAUUUGGUAAUUAUUGCCAUUUUGAAUCACAUACUCAAUGUUAACGUGGCCAAAAAUGUUAGGAAGUGUGAACUGGAUGCCCUUAUUGACUCCCUAAAACAAUUAACGUACGGUAAUGAAUCAAUUAAUGACGUCCUGAAGAACUUAGUCAACAAAGGUUUAUUGUCGACCUCAGAAGGCCCUGUAAGCUACCAAGACUACUCUGAUGAAACAUAUGGGCUCCCCAGUCUGGAAGAGAUUUUGUCCAGAGAGGCAGUGACUGCACCCCCAUCGAUGAAUAACACUCCAAUGUCUACUACAGUGCAUGAUAUACACACGCCUAACGGGAGCAGUAGCCAGAAUCACCACUCAAGCUCCGAUAAGAGGUUUGAACUACCCCAUGAAGCGACAACUAAGGCUCUCUUUUUCACAAAACAUCUGACUCUACGAAUGUUGUUGUAUCUGUUAAACUACAUUUUGUUCACACACUACGAGCCAAAGGGGUCUACAGACUCUGGAACGAUCGGUUUAACGAAACACUACGCUCAAGAGGCUUUGACAUAUGCCCUGGAUGGGUACAGAAACUGCCUGAUUUUUUUCAGUAAUGUGAGAAAGAGUCCCAACAACAUGUCUACCAUCUUUGAUUAUGUGAACGUCUUGCUUUCCCCAGGAUGUCUAGAUAUCGGUCACCGUGCUCUGCAGUUCUUGGUGUGUUUAACACUGAGGGCCAAAUGUGGUCCAAUCGGCAACAUGAACCAGAACCUGUUUACCGCUGGUGGUGAGGAUUCUGACAACGACACCAUAUCAAACCCAGAUAGUAACAACGCUACCAAUCCGGUGCUUGCUCAAGGUAAUUUGGCCGAUCUCAACCCGAAUAUUAUCAACGACAUCAAUCUGGAAAGCGUCACGGAUGCGCAAUUAAGCGAUAAUCUAGUAGCGCGUAUGGAGCUGUUUCAGCAACUGACGAGCCAAAUUGCAGUGAAGUUUCCAUACGCCAACCGUACCUCUAGAUCAACAGGGUUCUUUAUCACGCUCUUGGGGGGCAAAGUAUCGAAAAAGGAUGGGGAUGGGUCUGUUGGAGUUAUGAAACACCCCAAAAUAUCAGGGUUCUUCAAGAAUGUGCCGUCUCUUGUCUUGUCAGGUGAUAAUGACCAGUUGUCGAGAUGUCCUGUUUUCCAAGAUGCCCUCGGAUUUAUGUCUCCCAGGACGCCGUCAACUCCACAGGCAACGCAGUUACCUCCAUUCAAAUCAUCGUACAAGCCAAUCACGUACACGAAUAGUAACAUCCGUAAGAUGGAGUUGAAGAAGGAGCAACAGGAUGAAAAGAGACGGAAGCUGAAUGUUCCAUCGCCUUUGACGAACCCAAAUGUCAUGACUGGCAGCAACAAUUCGAACAUCAUCCCACCCUUGCCUAUUAUAAACUCUGUCAACAACUUUACUGAUAACAUGAGUGCCCCCAAUGGUUUCUACGAUGGGAAUAUGAACGUUCCAAUGCCGCAAUACAGGGCGAACGAUGCGCUAAGAUCUGGGGCACCGAGAGUAAAUGGUCCACCAUCCGCUGGUAUUGGGUCCGCCACAGUAACGCCAAUGAGAGUGCCCACACCGUUGUCGAUGCCGCUACCCCCUAUCGAGCCUUCGUCGGGCGUUUCUAAUAUGGUGGAUGCGAAUGGUAACCCGGUGGUGCCACCGUUUAUGAACAACACUGCUGCUGGCGGCCUCAACUCCUUAAACGUUGGUACCGGUGCGGGCAACCACAACGGUGGUGGGCUGAACGAGCUGUUCGACCCUACGAAUGUGAUGCAAGCGAUUACCCAGUUCAACCCGCUGCUUGAGAUGAACAACUUCGCGGGCGGGCUCAUGAACAUGAGCGAUUUUGGGGGCAAUGACAGCUACACGAACAGCAGUGCUCCAAGCUCCAACGUGAACUCGAACGCGUCGCGCACCCCAAGCAUGAUGCCGGGACAGGACACGAACUACAACGGUGCCCCGAACGCAGACUUGGAUUUCUUCAUCCCCAAGAUCGAAGACGGUUUUACCGAGCUACAGGACUUUACCAUUUGGGAUUGA